AUGGAAGAACUUAAAAAAGUUCCUCCAAUGGAACAACGUCAAUUAGUUACAUAUAUUAAUCAUUUCAUUACGUCCACUGUAACAUUUUUAAACAAUUUCAUGACACACUGUGAAGCAAAAAUGAUGAAAUCCGAACAACGGUUACAAAAAAUUUCAGCAUCUCUGUGUAUAUUAGAAACUAAGUUAAAUUCUGUCCCUGAACUACGAGAACUGCAGUCUUCUCAAUUUCAAACAAGUGAACCUCCCAGCAAUCAAUCAAAAGAAAAUUCACAUAGUACUGAAGUAACCGUUGAACAUAAUAAAACAGAGGCAACCGAUGAACUUAUUAAAACGGAGACAACUGACAGCCAUGGUAAAACUGAAGACAUUAUUUCAGAACCAGCUGCUACUGUUGUAGACGAAAGUCCUAAUGAGUCAACUGUGGAUCCAACAAUAUUAAAAUAUCGUAAAAUGAUUCAAUUUGGUGUGCCAAGAGGCGCUGUUGAAUUAAAAAUGGUCAAUGAAGGAUUGGAUCCGAAACUAUUGUGA